AUGUCUUCCUCCGCUGGCCAUUUUGCAGCUCCUUCUGAAUCUUCUUACGCAUCCGCUAAUUCCCUGGAUGACCAUUCCUCUCGUCCUCUUGAUGUCUUUCCCAAAACUACCAAAGAUCAGCAAUCAGAUGCCUCUUCCAUAUCCUCUGCUGCGACCUACGCAGCUAGAAAUCAACAUCAACCUCACCCUCAGAUGACCCAUGAGACCCAUUACGACUCUACCACCUAUGCCCCUCCCGUUGACGCCCCUACUUCUUCCUCUUCCGUCUCGUCGGUCGAUCAUCUUAGCGGUGAUCCUUUUGCAUUGGGCGAGGAUUUUGAUCUUAAACGUUACCUUCGUGGCUACAAAGAUGCCCUUCAACGCGACGGCAUCCACUCCCGUACCACCGGUGUCUGCAUGCGCGAUACCAGCAUUUAUGGUUUGGGCUCUGGUUACGAGUUUCUUACUACCUUUAUCGACAUUUUCGCUGCUCCCUACCGUCGGUUCAAAGAACGACAGGUUGUCAAAAAGGCCAUCCUCUCCCAUACUAACGCCCUCGCAAAUGCUGGUGAGCUCGUCAUGGUCUUAGGUCAACCCGGUGCUGGUUGCUCAACUUAUUUGCGCUCCGUCGCUGGCGAAACUGAUCAUUAUAAAGACACCGAGACCACCCUUCAUUACGACGGCAUCAAUGCCGCCGAAAUGAGAAAGCAUUACCCAGGUGAUGUCCUUUAUUCUGGUGAAAAUGAUGUCCAUUUCCCCUCUCUUACUACCCGCGAAACUAUCAACUUUGCCGCUCGUGUUCGCACUCCUCGCAAUCGUCCAUGCAACCUCUCCCGUAACGAGUACAUGUCUCGGGUUCGUGAUCUCAUUGCUACUAGUUUUGGUCUUACCCAUACUUACAAGACAAAGGUCGGUAACGACUUCAUUCGUGGUGUCUCGGGUGGUGAACGCAAACGUGUUACUAUUAGUGAAGCCUUUGCUCUUCGGCCCACCAUUGCCUGCUGGGAUAAUAGUACCCGUGGUUUGGAUUCUAGUACCGCUUUCGAAUUCGUAAAUAACCUACGUAUUUGUGCAGACGAGCUCCAGUUAACCUCUUUCGUCACUGCUUAUCAAGCUAGUCAAAAGAUUUAUGAUCUUUUCGACCGUGUUUGUGUCCUUUAUGCUGGUCGUCAAAUUUAUUAUGGCCCGGCUUCCAAGGCCAAAGACUACUUCCUCAACAUGGGUUUUGUUUGCCAUCCCCGUGAAACUACCCCUGAUUUCUUGACGGCCAUUUCCGAUCCCAAUGCCCGUCAACCUAAAGAGGGUUGGGAAGACCGUGUUCCGCGCACUCCUGAAGACUUUGAACGUAGAUGGCAUGAACACCCCUUGCAUGCUCAACUUCUUCGUGAGAUGGAUGAAUACGAUAGAAGAUGGGAUGAAAACUCUUCUCCCGAUUCUACUCGCUCAUCGAAGGAUCUCAACGAUGGUACGUCUGCUGUCACAAAACAUGAACAGUAUCGUGAUAGUGCUCGUUCUGAAAAAGCGAAAACUAUGUCUAAAACAUCUCCUUACACUGUCACUUUUUGGAUGCAAUUGCGCUAUUGUUUAAUUCGUUCGUGGCAACGAUUUAUCAAUGAUCCGGCUUACAUCGGAGCCAUGGCUUUUGCUUUUAUGUUCCAAUCGUUAAUUAUUGGCUCCAUUUUUUACAAUCUUCAGGAUACUACCAGUGAUAUGUUCACUCGUGGUGGUACUCUUUUUUUUGCCAUCUUAUUUACUGCUCUUCAAAGUCUUUCAGAAAUUGCAAACAUGUUUGCCCAACGUCCUAUUAUUGCGAAGCAUCGUGCAUCUGCUCUCUAUCAUCCAGCGGCCGACGUUAUCAGUAGUUUGAUUGUUGAUAUUCCUUUCCGGUUCAUCAAUGUAACCGUCUUUUCUAUCAUUCUUUACUUUUUAACUGAUUUGCGACGUACUGCUGGAGGCUUUUGGACCUUUUAUGUCUUCUUAUUCCUUUCUGCACUUACGAUGACUACGUUCUUUAGAGGUCUCGCUUCCAUCAUGCCUAAUGUAGCUUCUGCUUCUGCUUUGGGUGGUAUGGGUGUCUUGGCUAUUGCCAUCUACACUGGUUAUGCUAUUCCCAAUAUUAAUGUUGGCUGGUGGUUCCGUUGGAUUUCAUACGUUGAUCCUGUACAAUUCGGCUUCGCCUCUCUUAUGAUUAAUGAAUUUAAAGCUCAAAAAUACCAGUGCACUUCAAUGGUUCCUUCUGGAGGUGAUUACGAUAAUGUUUCUUCUGAAUAUAAAGUCUGCCCAAUCACCAGCGCCCAACCAGGUCAGACUACUGUUGACGGCUCAUCCUACCUUUACGCGAGCUUCAAUUACAAAACCCGUCAAUUAUGGAGAAAUCUUGCAAUCAUUAUUGGUUAUUAUGCUUUCUUGAUUGGUGUUAACAUCGUUGCUAGUGAGGUCUUGAAUUUUAGUGACCUGAAGGGUGAAUAUCUCAUUUUCCGUCGUGGCCAUGCUCCCAGUGCUGUAAAGGAGGCUGUUCAAGAAGGCGGAAAACCUUUGGAUUUAGAAACUGGUCAAAAUACUCAAGGUGGCAAUGUUGAAAAAUCCCCUCCAAAUUCUGAAGAAACCGACAAAGAGUACGAGACUAUUGAGAAAAGCAAAGACAUUUUCAGCUGGAGAGAUCUAUCUUAUGAUAUCACUAUUAAAGGAGAAAAGCGACGACUUUUGAGUGGGGUUAAUGGUUUUGUAAGGCCAGGAAAACUUACCGCCUUGAUGGGUGAGUCAGGUGCUGGUAAGACCACCCUUUUAAACGUGCUUGCUCAACGUGUUGACAUCGGUAUUGUCACUGGUAAUAUGCUUGUUAAUGGUCACCCUCUUGACUCUACAUUCCAGCGUCGUACCGGGUAUGUACAGCAACAGGAUGUUCACGUUUCUGAGUCUACUGUUCGAGAAGCACUUCAAUUCAGUGCUGCACUUCGCCAACCGUCCACUGUUCCUCUUUCUGAAAAGUAUGAAUACGUUGAAAGUGUUAUCAAAUUAUUGGAAAUGGAAGCCUAUGCUGAAGCUAUCAUUGGUACCCCUGGCUCUGGCUUAAAUGUCGAGCAACGUAAGCGUGCAACUAUCGGUGUGGAGUUGGCUGCUAAACCAGCUCUUCUUUUGUUUUUAGAUGAGCCCACUUCGGGUUUGGAUAGUCAAUCGGCAUGGUCGAUCGUUCAAUUUUUGCGUAAACUGACUGAUGCUGGCCAAGCAAUUCUUUGCACAAUUCACCAACCUAGUGCUGUGUUGUUUGACCAAUUUGACAGAUUGCUGCUACUCCAAAAGGGUGGUAAGACAGUGUACUUUGGUAAUAUUGGUGAUAAUUCCAGGACUUUAUUGAAUUACUUUUCCUCUCAUGGAGCUACUCCUUGUCCUCCUGAUGCUAACCCAGCCGAAUACAUUCUUGACGUGAUUGGCGCUGGUGCAACUGCGAAGACUGAUCGUGAUUGGCAUGAAGUUUGGCAAAAUUCGGAUGAACGUAAAGAAACUACUCAAGAGUUGGAUGAAAUUGAACGUAGUAAGCCGGAGACCAAAGAGAAGGUUAACAAAUCAGAUACUCAUACUUAUGCUAUGCCAAUUUGGACCCAAAUUAGAUUUGUGUUGCUUAGAAAUUUCCAGUCUUAUUGGAGAGAACCCUCGCUAUUGAUGUCUAAGAUGAUGUUGAAUAUUUUCGCCGGAUUGUUUAUCGGCUUCACUUUCUAUAAUCAAGGAACAGGUUCUCAAAACAUGCAAAAUAAGCUUUUCGCAGUUUUUAUGGCAACAGUGCUUGCUGUUCCUCUUAUUAAUGGUCUACAACCCAAAUUCAUUGAUCUUCGAAAUGUGUUUGAAGUAAGAGAGAAGCCAUCCAACAUUUACAGUUGGGUUGCAUUUGUUAUUUCGGCAAUUAUAGUCGAAAUCCCAUUCAACCUUAUAUUUGGUACGAUUUUCUUUUUGUGUUGGUUUUAUCCCGUCAAGUUUUAUAAGAAUUUGGAACAUACAAGUGACAGAACAGGUUAUGCUUGGUUAAUGUAUAUGAUUUUCCAAAUGUACUAUUCCACAUUUGGCCAAGCCGUCGCUAGUGCUUGUCCCAACGCUCAGACUGCGUCCGUCGUGAACAGUUUGGCAUUUACUUUCAUUAUCACCUUCAACGGUGUCAUGCAGCCAAUCAGCAAUUUGAUUAAAUUUUGGCAUUGGAUGCACUCUUUGACACCUUUCACUUACAUUAUUGAAGGUUUAUUGGGUGAUUUAUUGCACAAUGUUCCGGUGAACUGCAAGCCGAACGAAAUCAGCCACUUGAAUCCUCCAAAUGGUGAAACUUGUCAAUCCUACUUGAAGAACUUUUUGCAAAGUGAGCUUGCCGGUAAUUUAUUAAACCCUGAUGCCACAACCGAUUGUCAAUAUUGUCGAUACCGUACGGGUGACCAGUUUUUGAUGCAGUUCGGUAUGAAGUUUGAUCAUCGCUGGCGUAACUUUGGUAUCGUCAUUGGUUAUGUCUUCUUCAAUGUCUUUGCUGUGUUGCUACUAUUUUACAUUUUCCGGGUUAUGAAAAUUAGAAGUACUCGACUUUACAGAAAGAUUACAAGAACUGGAUAA